AUGGCCAACACGAGGCCGUCUCUCGUUCCCUCCCACAGCUUCAAGAGAAUGCUGGAGCUGGAGCGGCAAUACAUGCUUGAUCGGCUGGACACCAACCAACCGUCCCUCUUGCCCAAGCCCUCCACCCCCCACAAGCUCGCCUCGGGCCGCUCCAGCAUCCAGGUUCGCCACGCCGAGUUCAGGUCGGAUCCGGCAACAGGCUUCAGCAACGAGAAAUUCGCGGCCGCCAGACGCACGAUCCCGCUAGCAAUCAACACGAGCGCUGCCAGAACCAGACGCCAAUCGGCCGUGGACCAGUAUCGCGAAGCACCUUCCAUGGACGAUACUCCCACCGUCGUGGCCAGUCCGGUCGACACGCAGAGUCCCAAGCUCAUCGCCUUCGAGUUCCCUGCCAAAGACGCGGACCAGCGUUCGAUUUGCGUCUCCCCGAGCUGGGAGUCGCAGAGCCGACGCAAAAAGGAGAGAAAGUUGCUGGAGAAGCGGCAGAGGGAGGAGAAGCGAGAGAAGGAGCGGCAGGUGGUCGCAAAGGCUGCCGAGAACAGGGCAAAGAAGCGCAUGUCGCGUCUCACCAAGCCGGCUCCGGCUCCGAAGCCGACCGAAGCUUGCAGCAUGCCUCCCGGCGGCAGGCCGGAUCCUCGUUCAGCCGCAGGCUCGAGGGGACGACAGGAGGCUCGAGCCUCGAGUUCUCUCGGCUUCACCACCGCCAACAAACCCGAGGCGCCGCCGAAAAAAUCCCGGAGCCGAUCGAGCUCGUUUGCCUCGAUGAUAAGGGCGCCCUUUGAACGCCGGCGAGCAUCGGUCGGCCCUUCGGCCGAGCCCGAGUUCAUCGGCGGCAUCAAGCUCGAGUUCCAGAGGCAUAUUGAGAACGAAAUGGCCGUCAACGACAGGGCGUCGACCGCCGAGGCGAGCACCCAGGCGGCAGCUCAAACCGAACAAUCACGCAGGCGAUGGUCCGCGCCUCUCAAGUCGUCCCCGCUGCCUCCGAGCCGCGGAACAGAGGUCAAGGAUAGACAUUACCCCCCCAUCACGAGAUACGGCAGCAAAGGCCAGCAGAAUCCGUCGCUCACGCCGCCGACGGCGCCAGCGAUACCAGACGUGAGCAAGGUCGACAGGUGGCGCGUUCGUGUGGGUUUGAAGCCGAACGCGAAAGCGUCCGAGGAGAUGGCGAAGGUGGUGAGGGUCAAGGAGGGAGGUGCGGAGAUGGAAGCCGGAGAAGGUGGAGGAGACCCGCAGAUGAGUGCGACCAGGCACCAGAAUGACGCCGUCGGUGCGACGAUCCCGGCGUCUCCCAAGGACAGCCUUGCUCCGCGUCAGAAUUGGUCGACGGUCGUGUCGGGCAGGCCGGUUGCGACACAAGCCAACCAUGUCGAGGUGCCGCCAGCCCGGCCGCCGAUGCAAAAGGCCAUGGAGAUGCUCGAGGGGGAGGGCGUGAGCAGUAACUGCCUGACGCUUUGCAAUGCCGACAGCCGGAGCGUCACCUCCAAUGGGUACAGAACCGCCCCGUCGUCGCCUCCGCCGGAGCCCCCCCAACGCAGCCCGAAGAGGAACAGGCGAGAUUCGCCGCAAGGUUCCCCUCGGCAGCUUCGAUGCGCCGAAAAGACCGACGUCUCCCCGGCAUCUGGUUCCUCGGACGCGGAUUCGCCAAGACGAGCUGCGGAGAAGCAGGUCUCGACGUCCUCGGACGCGCAGUCGACAGCGUCCCUCACGCCCAAGGCUAGCGGCAACUUGAUCACGCCCAACACGGCACCGGCUCUGAGAUUGAUGGAUGCGAUGCAGAGCAGGUCACCGAGGCAGGUCGAAAGUGUGAGGAACCUCAGACAGGUGGCGGCGAGCUCGUCGGAAGAGUCCGGCUCGGAGGAGUUCCACUCGCCCUCGCCGCCGAGCACGCCGGCGACGUCGCGGUCGCAGUCGGAAAAGGGACCGCACCCGGUAGCCAACGACAAGAGCUUCAGCCUGGAAAGGGCGAUGCCGGAGACGAUCCCGGAGAUGGAAAAGUUCUCGGAGAGCACGGCGGAAGACUCGGACACGUUCGGGGUCCAAGCCGCCGCCGACCGGGCUCUGGCGACAUUCACUCGCGCCUCGGCGGGCCGGCAGGCGCUCGACGGAGGUGGCGAGCUGGCGUCGACGGCUGGGCAGAACCCCAAGCCGCUGCGGAUCAGAAAGAGGAGCGGGCUGCCGCAGAUGGAUCGAUCGUCGGAGGCGAAGGCGAGCCAGUCGCGGGCGGUGCCGGCGGGACCGAGAACCCCAGGGCCGCCGUCGCGACCCCUGUCGGCGACGUAUCUCGAGGAAGCGCGGAAGCUCGUGCCUGCGGCACCGCCGUCGCGGGCGCCGAAGAAACGGCUCGGUCCUCCGGCGUCCUUUAUCCUCCCCGGCGACGGUCCGGCAUCGACGGUUUGCUCGGAAGCGUCGGCGUCGACGGAGACGAUCACGAUGUCGUCGACGUCGACUAGGCACGGCGGUGCGGCGGGGCGGGAGCCGGUGGCGAAGUUCUUCGUCGAGUGCUGCGGCUGCAAGUUCUACCACGACAUGCCGAGCAACCUCUACGAGGCCAUGGCGAAUCCGAAGGCGGUGCUGAGCCACAGGGACACGAUGGGGUACGGGGGGUCCAUCUCGAUCCAGUUCAAGUGCCCGUGGUGCAAGCACGCGAUGAGCACGAACUGCUGCGCCGGGCUCGCGGCGAUGGUCUACGUCACGGAGCGGCUGCACUGA